ACGCAACACUAAACUCGACGAUGAAUGUCUUGUUCUGGAUGCCGCUCGCAUUCAGUCAGUGAUCCGUCCUCACCGAUGCUGUUCUGUGAUUCUCCGUCGCCUGCUUUGUUGCUGCCCGUCUUCGCUUCAAAAUGCCGACACAAUGUGCGAUAAAAUUCGAUAGCAAUCCGAAUGGGGUGUUCUACUCGGGACAGACACUCACCGGUCACGUUAAACUACACCUGGACAAUCCGAAGAAAGUCAAAAAUCUCAAAUUAAUCAUCUCAGGGUGCGCAGAAGUCAAAUGGACAAAGAGUAAAUUAAGUCGCAGGAAUGGAGCGGCAGCGGCAGCGGCAAAUCGCUCGAGGAGAAUCAAGAGAGAAACGUACAUGGGAAAAGAGGAGUACAUUGCUUCGGAGGUUGCUUUGAUUCCACGAGCCAAUGAUGACGCCAUCGAAAUACCGGCCGGAACACAUGAAUACAAAUUCUCAUGCCAGAUACCGUCCAAUGCGGCCACAUCGUUCGAAGGGGAACACGGGAAGGUCCGAUAUACGGUCCGUGCCGUACUCGAUAGGCCGUGGAAGUUCGACCAAGCUUGCACUAUUGCCUUCACAGUAUUGCAACCUUUGGAUCUCAAUCAUGAGUCGGAAAAGAUAGGUCAACCCAUGAAGCUCGAACGGUCCAAAAGCUUCUGGUUUUGGCCGUGCAUUUCCGGACCAAUGCACUUCUCGAUAGAACUUCCCGUAAGCGGAUACGUUUCCGGUCAGAAGAUUCCCAUCACGGUCAAUCUGAACAACGCCAGCAAUAUCCCAAUUCACGCCAUCCGAAGUAAACUCGUGCGCAAAGUGUGCUUCAUCAGUCAAACUCCGACUCGAAAGGCAAGGAACGAAGCUAAAACGGUGGCCAAAAUGGUCACAACCGUUACACGUGAUAAAUCCGACCAGUACACACAAGACUUGGUGAUCCCGGCCACCGCCCCGACCGGCAAAUGUUCCAUCAUAUCCGUGGAAUACGAACUCAAAGUUAAGGUCAAACUGGGCGGCUUCCGUUCGGAUCAAGAAAUGACCAUUCCAAUCACCAUCGGUACAGUUCCGUUCGGAAUGUCACCAAAGGUUGAACCUGUGAGCAAUAGCAGCCCUGGCUUUGGCUGGAGUGGCGGAAUGCCCAUGCCGUCAGGGGUUGCGACUCCGCUUUUGUCCAUGCCGGAAUUACCCAACACGCCAAGAUCCCCUCUGCCGUAUCCACCUGCCGCACCUCCUAUUGGAUUUUUACCCCCAACCUACCAGGAAGCCAUGAACCAGUCGGCGGUCAACGUGAACGACGGGGAACCGAAUGCGAUCGGAUUUCAGGCGUACAUUCCCCGGUACCCGGUGUACAAUUUCGGCUCUCCCCUUAGGAUGUAGAUUCUGAACAAAGUAUACUCGGCUAGGUUAGUUCUACGCGCAAAAAAAGUGCUGAAGUAUUAAAACGGACUCUCAUAUGUUAUUGAAUUUAAGAUUGCAGCACUCUUUUUUUUUCUUUGCUGUUAUAAUACCAGAAUAAAUUUGCAACAUUCGGAGUCGUUUACAGCUUCGAAUAUUAUCAGUUGACAUUAGGUGUAAUACUAACAAAUGCAUUUAUAUCUCAUAUGUAUAUUUUUACAUAAAAUAAAAUAAAUCAACAAAUUCAAUAAUCCA